AUGAGUGCCGUACAACAACAUCAAUCGUCGAUUGUUAGCCCUGAAGAAGUAGCAUCAGCAAUGAACGCUGCAUUUGCUGAAUUUCUUGCCGUCGAACCAGCUGCUGCAGCCGCUGCUCUUCUUAUUCAUCAUCAGCAAAAUGUUAAUCCGACAACAUUAAAUGAUUUUCUUACUAAUGGAACUACGCAUAAUAGCAAUGAUUUACCGAGAAAUGGUCGACCACCAACUCCCUAUACUGUUACUACACAUACAUACAGUGAUUCACCUUCGUCUUCUACUUCAUCCUCAUCUACGGUAACAACAACAUUACCUCGCUACAAAACUCUUCUUGAUAAAUUCACACCCACUAUGUCUUCAUCUUUACCCACAAGUGAACAAAGAUCAGCAACUAUAACAACUGCUGCUUCCAUCGUAUCGAAUAGCAAUACUCUCAUAUGUAAUUAUUAUGAAAAUCUAUGUAAUAAUUCUUCAACAACAAAUUCAAUAACAUCUUCAACAUCUACAAAUAAUCGUAAAAAACGUUCGAUAUCACGUGAAUAUGAUUGUUCAUCGACAAAUUCUACAAUAAAUGAUAAUCAUCAUUUACCGAAAAGAUUUCGUCCAUUACAAUCUUCAACAGUAUCUUCUCGUCAAUUACAAUUACAAGAAUGUUCGUCCGAUGAUGAUGAUGAUGAUGAUGAUGAUGAUGAUGAUGAUAAUGAUACUUUUAGUAAUGCUACUCAGCGAUUAUUCUCUUCAUCGUCAACGACAACAACAAAUAAUUUACCAUCAUCACAUACUACAGCUGCAGCAUGUAUAGCUGCUGCUGUUACAGCUUCUCUCUAUGAUGAAACUAAUGGAAUGGAUCUUCAAAAACGACCCACAACAACAACAGCAACAGUAACGACAAGUGUUGAAUCAAGCGAUGAUAGUGAUGACGAUGACGAAGAAGAAGAAGACGAUGAGGAUGAUGAGGAUGAUGAUGACGACGACGAUGAUGAUGAUUCAUCGAAUAAUUUAUUUAAUCGAACUACAUCUUCAUCUUUAUUAUCUAACAGUAAUAAUCAAGUUAAACAAGAUUCAAUAUUACCAUUAAAUAUAACAUCUAAUAUUAAUGAUUUUCGACCUAUUCAACAACAACAACAACAACAAUCAAGACCUAUAACUUAUUAUCCAACACUUUAUUCGAAUCAACAACAGUAUCAUCAUCAUCAUCAACAACAACAACAACAACAACAACAACAACAAACAGUAGCAGCAACAACACCAUCCGUACCUCCAACAUAUCCUCGACAACUUUUAUCAUCUCGCAGAUAUCCAUUACCAACGGCAAUUCCAACUAAUUCUUCAUGUUCAUGUUCCCAUCGAAUACCGAAUACAUCAACAGUAAUAACACCAUCCAAUGGAUCAAAUUCAUCCAUAUCUCCGUUUCUUGUCUAUCCGCCGAAUCAAACACCUAAUGUAGUACCAACUUUAACAGCAACAACACAACAAACAGUAGCUCUUGCUGCUGCUGCUGCUAGUGCUGUUGCUCUUGCUUCUCUUCCUCAAGUCUCACCUGUACAACAUCUUCAUUUUCAUCACCAUCAUCAUAAUCAUAAUCCAGCUCAUUUACGUCAUCAGUAUCGUCAACAACUUACAUCUGAAUUACGUCGUCAACGUUUAAGUUCAUUUCAAUAUCAAACGUCAUCCUCCUCUUCGUCGUCGGCAUCAUCAUCAUCACCAGCAACGACAACGAUACUUACUGCUAAUCAACAAUUGCAUGCUAUUCUUACACAUCCAACAACAACAACAAAUAAUAAUAUUCAUGCUCAUUUAACAAUUCAACCAACAACAACAGCAACAUCAUCAGCGAAUACAUAUAAUUUAACAUUAGGUACAAAUAAUCCAAGUAUGCAUGUUGCAAUAAAUACAACGACACAAAAUAAUCAAUGGUCAUCAACACCAUUAUUAUUUCGUCCGUUUCGUAAUCCACUUCUUUUACGUAGUCAUCACCAUCACCAUCAUCAUCAUCAUCCAUUUCUAAACAGUGAACGUGCUGAACAUGUUGUCGAAGAAUUGUUACGCAUGGAAGAACAAUUGAACGGUUUGAAUAAUGGUGGUAAUAUAGGCGCCAAUCAAGAACAUAUUAAUGCGCGAACAUUAUCAUAUAAAUAUGAAAAGCGAACGAUAUCUAUUGAUGAAAAAUGUACUAUAUGUUUAUGUGAAUUUGAUCUUAAUGAUGAUGUGCGUCGUUUACCAUGUAUGCAUCUAUUUCACAUCGAAUGUGUGGAUAGAUGGCUAACGCAAAGUAAACGAUGUCCAAUAUGCCGUAUUGAUAUAGAUUUUCGAGGAGAUUUCGGCGAUUAUGUUUGUUAG